CAGGCACAAAUCACCUUGCCCGUGACACUUGGCACCCAGGCUUCUUAACGAUCUUCGUAAUUCUCUUCCGUCUACUUCUUCGGCCAAGUACUACGGGCUCAACUCGUUCAGUCCUCGAAGAUCAUCCCCCAAGUCCGCUUCUCCUUCCUCUAUCUCUUCGAGUUUCUGAAGUACAAUCUUACUUCCCUCCACUGUUGAAAUCCUCUCAUGGCUUCAGAUACCAAUGAGGAGAAUGCUUGGCAAGAGGCUCUAAGGAGGAUGCUGCCUGCUGGUGCACCGUUACCAGACGAAGAACACCUCGAUUACUCAAUCGCAGUUGAGUAUCAAGGCCCUCCUGUGGCUCACGAGCUACCGAAGAUCGAUCCACUGGAUUUGGAGUCACUUUCUAUUCUCUCUCCUUCCGUUGUUCCGAUCUCCGACAUCUCUUCUAUUCCGAUUGUUUAUCCUAUUGCUCCCAGGGUUUCCAGGUUCAAUCGGUUAAGCAAUGGAGCGGUCCCCCGUAGUCCAGUGAAGAGUCAGAGAUCGUCGUCAGUUCCUAGAGUUCAGCUGGAAUCCCAUAAUGGUGAACGCUCAAAGUUUGGAAAUGGUGUAGACGAGGCGUUCAGUUCAGAAUUGUCUGCUCAGCACUUAAAUUCAGAGUCGGAACCUGCUAUUGCUGAAGGUAAGCGUGCAAACACUGUAACUUUUGUUACACCAAGAGAUUCGGAAGACGACGAGGAAGACGUAUUUUCCUCUCCGAGGUCGUGUACGACCGAUGUGAUGACAUCCCCGGCUUUAUCUCAUUCCCGAGAAAAACGAGCGAAAAAGAAAGGAAUUUGUAGUAGAUGUGGGAGAGGGAAUCGGUUGAAAGAGAGGGAAGCUUGUUUGGUCUGUGAUGCCCAGUACUGCAGUAAUUGUUUACUUAAGGCAAUGGGAUCAAUGCCAGAGGGACGGAAGUGCGUGGGCUGUAUUGGACGACCGAUUGACGAGUUGAAGAGGGCUGUAUUGGGCAAGUGUUCCAGGAUUUUAUCAAGAGUAUGUAGCCCUUUGGAGAUUAAGCAGAUAAUGAAAGCUGAGAAGGAGUGCCCGGCGAAUCAGCUUCGGCCCGAGCAGCUAAUAGUGAAUGAGAGGCAGUUACGUCCAGAAGAAUUGGCCGAGAUUUUGGGCUGUGCGAUACCUCCGCAGAAGUUGAAACCGGGAAGGUAUUGGUACGACAAGGACUCGGGGCUUUGGGGAAAGGAAGGAGAGAAGCCUGACAGGAUAAUUAGUUCAAAAUUGAAUGUUGGAGGUAAGCUUCGGGCGGAUGCAAGCAAAGGGAGCACAAAAGUUUUUAUAAAUGGGCGUGAAAUCACCAAGGUUGAGCUCAGAGUACUGAAGUUGGCCAACGUGCAGUGUCCUCGUGAUACUCAUUUCUGGGUGUAUGAUGAUGGAUCUUAUGAGGAAGAGGGUCAAAAUAAUAUUAAAGGAAACAUAUGGGGAAAGGCAUCGACUCGCUUGCUUUGUUCGUUAUUUUCACUUCCAGUACCUCCCGUCAAUCUCCAUGCACCCAAAGAAGAUCCAACCACCAUAUCUGGCAGAUCUGUGCCAGAUUAUUUGGAGCAUGGGAGAAUUCAUAAGCUUCUCUUGUUUGGGAUUGAAGGAUCUGGAACUAGCACUUUGUUUAAGCAGGCUAGAUUUUUAUAUGGGAACAAGUUCACUCCAGAAGAGCUUCAGAAUAUAAAGCUUAUGAUUCAAAGCAAUGUAUAUAAGUAUCUUAGUACUUUGCUUGAGGGGCGGGAGCGGUUUGAAGAAGAAGCUAUUAUUGAAAAGAAAACUGGAGCCGUUAUAGAAGAGAAAUUGGAUAAAAAGGCUGGCACAGCUGAAACAGGAGUAACAGAAAGUAAGCAAUGUUUAUAUUCAAUCAACCAGAGAUUCAAACACUUUUCUGAUUGGUUAUUGAAUAUUAUGGCUACUGGUGACUUGGAUGCUUUCUUUCCUGCUGCAACUCGUGAAUAUGCUCCAAUUGUGGAUGAAAUGUGGAAAGAUUCUGCACUUCAGGAAACAUACAGGAGAAGAGAUGAAUUGCAUAGCCUUCCUGAUGUUACAAAAUAUUUUCUUGAUCGGGUGAUAGAGAUAUCAAGCAAUGAAUACGAGCCUUCUGACAAGGAUAUUUUGUAUGCUGAAGGAGUCAGUCAAAGCAAUGGCCUUGCUUUUAUGGAAUUUUAUUUUGAUGAUAGGAGCCCCGUGUCUGAAUUAUAUGGUGAAAAUCUUGAACUGGCCCCUCCAUUAACGAAAUACCAACUAAUUCAAAUAAAUUCUGAAGGACUGGUUGAUGGUUGCAAAUGGUUAGAUAUGUUUGAAGACGUGAGGGCCAUGAUAUUUUGUGUUUCCUUGAGUGACUAUGACCAGAUGUUGUCCCAUAGUAAGGGUCCUCUGCAGAAUAAAAUGCUGGCUAGCAGAAACUUGUUUGAGCAUUUGGUAAGGCACCCUUGUUUUGGGAAUACUCCUUUUCUGCUGCUGUUAAACAAGUAUGAUGCAUUUGAGGAAAAGAUAAAUCAGGUUCCAUUGUCGAGUUGUGAGUGGUUCCAGGACUUCUGCCCUGUGAAACCACACAACAACAAUCAGACAUUGGCACAACAAGCAUACUAUUACAUUGCAGUGAAAUUCAAGGAGCUAUAUUUCUCCAUUAGUGGGCAAAAGUUGUUUGUUUGGCACACACGAGCUCGAGAGCGUGCUUCAGUGGAUGAGGCAUUUAGGUAUAUUCGAGAGGUUCUCAAAUGGGAAGAAGAGAAGAACGAUAGUAUGUAUGAUAUCGUUGGUGAUGAGUCAUUUUACAGCACUGAAAUAAGUUCCUCACCAGGCGUGAAUAACUUUCCAGUUACUUGAGGGUAGUUGGGAAGUUGUGGUUCUGCGAAGAAAGGAGGAACGAACAGUUGAAUUAGUUUAGUUCUCAAUUGAGAACUUUUUGAUAGGGUUUUCCAAUUUUUACUUUUGGUUGGAAUUCUAAACGGAUAUUGAUUCAUAGAUCGAGGACAGAUGGGAAUAUGUCUCUGAUAAAGGCAGGGGAGAUUUUUUUCUUCUUUGGUUCGAUUUUGGGAUGAUUUGUCUGUAUAGCAAGCGUAUCUUGUUUAAAUUAACAAAUAAAACGUAAGCUUUUUUUGAUUCA